GCUACGGUUUCGUAGAAAGAGAGUUAGUAUUAAUAGAUCUGUUAAACAUGAAUAAUAACGGUGGUGGAAAUAAUGGGAACCAAGGGAACUAUGGGAAUGGGGGAGGAAGACAAUGUUAUGAGUGUGGUAAGCCUGGCCAUUUUGCUCGAGACUCUUGGUCCAAGCGGGGUCGCCCGGUUCAACAGGAGGAUGAUAUCUACGUUUUUGUCAGGGAUCUGAUGAAGGAGAAGGAGGAAGAACAAAAGAAGAGAAGAGAGGAAGAACAGAAAUGAUUGAAGGAGGAGGAGGAGCGAAGAAGGGAGAUGGAUAUUGUCAGGAGAACAGAGGAGAUGAAGCUACAGUUACAAGUCGAGAUCGCAGAGAACUGGCGUAGACAGCAAGAGGAGGCUACCGAGAAGGCGAAGGCAUUUGAGAAGACGAGAGAGAGAGAGAAGACAGAGGUGGUAGUGAAGAACGUGAGUCCGAAGAUCUCAUCUAAGGUAUCGCCCAGGAUCUCGCCUAAGGACAAGAUCAGUAAGAAGGGCAAGUGGAAGAAGAAGAAGGCGAUGAGACAUAACACGAAGAGGAGAGCGAGCAAACGGGUGGUAGACAUGAGCACGUCUUCAGAUUCAAACGACACCAACAGUUCCGACUCCGAAGAUUCGAGCGAUACGGAGGAAGAAGCUCUACAGGUGAUCAGACUUCUUCGACAAGAGAAGAAGAGGACGAAGUCUAAGAAGUCGGCAUCACGAGGAAGACAGGCUAGGAGAACUCAGGACACUGCCGUCGAGAUAGGCGAUGAUUUGAGGAGAGCUCCCAUCAAGACCUACGAGAGAGGGGACUGCUCCAAGAAAUCGACCACACCUACGUCUCCUGAGAAUGCUGGAAUCAAUGAACCAAUGACUCCAUUGGAAAGUGGUUACAAAGGCAUAUCGGCUGGCUUCUCUCGCGAAGGUUUUAUGGACUACACCAUGGCUGUAAUGCAGGAGUACUCGGCGAAGAAAGUCCAUCAACUCCGAGCACUGUGCGAGAAGCAGGGGAUCAAGUUCACGAAGAAGGGGGAUAUGAUAAUGGAGCUGGUCAAGAGGCAAACUGAACUGGCAUAUGAAGGAUGCUUUGAUACGCCGAACAAGAAAGAAAAAACGGUCGUCGGCGAGAAUCCGGAAGAAGAGAGGACAGGUGCUACUACGACGGAGACAGGGAGGACGACGAUGAACACCAGGAGCAAGACUCGCGAGGCUUCCACCCCACGGGUUAUACUCCGUGACACGGCCUUGGUGUGUCCUGUCUUGUAUAGGCAUGCGUAUGGGAAGAUGUUCGUUUGGAACCCGGAUUAUCAAAGAGUGCAUUGUGAUGAGACGAGCGUUUUGAGUACGUGUAGGACGGCGUAUGAGUAUGCACGACUCGGAGAUGUUGGUAAGUGGAAGACGGACGAGAAACUCGGGAAGACGUACGUGAUCCCGAAAGAUAAAGAUUUGAACCGCUGGAGACCGAUUGCUCCAGCAUGCGAUGAUCCGGCCAUGAUGGGCCAACGAAGAUGUGCGAGAGCUUUACAUUGUCUGAUUACGAGAUAUGCGGGACAACUCAAUUUCCAUCUUGGGUCUACAAAUCGGCUUGCCGAUCAACUCAGAGAUGCUGUGGAGUCACUGAGGAAGCAGGGAUGUGUGUCAGCCAUAGGGCGCUGCUACGAUAUCAAGGAGAUGUUCUCCUCGAUACCCCAUGAUGCUGUGAGAGAUGCGGUGUUUGAAUUGCUACGUUUUUUUUCUGACAGAGGAUGGAGACAAGUCCGGGUGGCGACACGAGGGAAGGUAUAUGUGAUGUCCAAAGAAGGCAAAGGAGAAGUGGGCUACGUGAAGAUCAGAUUUGAUGCCAUCUUUAAAAUGGUUAGUUACGAUUUGGAUCACACAUACAUGCGUUGCGGAACGACGAUCUGGAGACAGGUAGUGGGAAUUCCUAUGGGGAAGACCACAAGCCCGGUUCUCGCUACCGUGACAUGUGCCAUGGCGGAGUCGAAGUUCCUUCGCUCAUUGGGAUCUGACAGAAAGCUGGUGCUAGGAUGGAGGAUGGUAGACAAUGUAUCGAUUAUUGUCGGAUGCCACGAGAACGAUCAAUCCCAAGAAAAGGCGGCCCUUAUUCUUGCUAAAUUCGAGGAUGAGUACGACUCGAGAUUGGUAUUGGAACGGAAGGACGGGGACAACAACGUAUGGAGUUUUAUUGGAGGACGGAUGUAUGUGAUGUCUGAUCCCCUUCAGAUUCAUUAUACACAAGAGACGAAGAAUACGAACCCUCUCCGACAACACGCAGAGCUUCAAUAUCAAUUUAUGCAGGACUUCGCUAGUUAUUCCGAUAAGAAGACGAAAAAGGGGGUGUUGUCGACUACGCUUAAGAGACUUUGGUACUCGACAACCUCCAGCACGCUCUGUAUUGGUUCCAUAGCUUACGCUGUUAUUGAAAGCCACCUCCGGGGAUAGCCCCCGGAGGUUGCACUUGGAGCCCUGGCCAAAUUGGUCAGGAUAAC